CUUUAAAAAAAUGUCUUUCAUUAACAUUGGUUUUGUUAUCCCAGAAGGUGAGAUGGAGAUUGAGUGCAUAUAUGUUGAAGAAAAGUUAGAAGUGUGUUGUUGCACAAGAAGGGAAAAUGGUUAG